UAUAUACAUACAUACAUUAUGACUGCAAACAAGGACGCCAUUGCUGAAGCCGGUAAGACCGCCGCCAUCACUGGUGGUCUCGGUUUGUUCGUCUCGGCCAUGCAGAACACUGUUCAAAAGCACACCGAGGGUGCCAAGGGUGUCUUUACCCGCACUGGCUCCACCGUCGCUAUCUUUGCUGCUAUGGGUGGUAUCUUCUCUCUGGGUGAAUCUGUUGCCCACUCUGUUCGCGGUGAGGAUGAUGCCUUGAACGCUGGUAUCGGUGGCUGUGCCGCUGGUAUGGUCUCUGUCUUGAGAACCAAAUCCAUCGCCAAGAUGUGCGCCGCCUGUGCUGGUGUUGGUGCUACUAUGUACGCCUACGAAUAUUCUGGUGGAUUGAAGGGUUCUCUUGUUGGAAAGUCCCUCCAGGAGAAGAAGGAGAUCCGCGACUCUUUCUUCACCCAGCCCAACAAGGUUGAGGAAGAAGCAUAGACGAAUAAAAGAAAUCGAAUAAAGCCAAUCAACCAACCAACAAGAAAAAAAAAGAAAAAAGAAAAUGCCAAGCGAACAACUGAUUAUGCGUGAGAAUGAUAUACACACACAUAUAUAUAAGGGGAAUAGAGCAGGAGGGAACACUCAAUCACCUACAAAAUUACAACAUAUACACUUGAAAGAGAAUGGAGAAUAUUUGAUAAACCCGUAAGAGUGAGA